ACCAGCCGCACCGACAGCGCGCUCGAGCUGAGGGAGCGGCUGGCGGGUGGAUCCGGCAACUCCCUGGGAGGCAGACCGGCGGGUCCGGGGAACCGAGCAGCGGCUUGCGGCCGGCAGUUCUCGCGGGUCCGUGAAAGAGGUCGGCGGCCCCAGCGGGCACCAGUCAGCUUUAAGAAAAAGAAAUUACGUCUGAUUGUACUGAAUAGCAAAAGUUAAGUGACAUCCUGCACUGCAAAUCAUGGCACUACCAUUCCGGAAAGACUUAGAAAAGUACAAGGACCUUGAUGAAGAUGAACUCCUUGGGAAUCUCUCAGAAGUAGAACUGAAACAACUGGAAACUGUUCUGGAUGAUCUUGACCCUGAGAAUGCCCUUCUGCCUGCAGGGUUCCGGCAGAAAAACCAGACGUCAAAGUCCGCUACAGGGCCGUUUGAUAGAGAACACCUCCUUUCAUAUCUGGAGAAGGAAGCAUUAGAGCAUAAGGACAGGGAAGAUUAUGUGCCCUACACUGGAGAAAAAAAAGGGAAAAUAUUCAUCCCCAAACAGAAACCUGUACAGACUUUUACAGAAGAAAAAGUAUCUCUUGAUCCAGAAUUAGAAGAAGCUUUGACAGGUGCUUCUGAUACAGAAUUGUGUGACCUCGCAGCUAUUCUUGGGAUGCACAAUUUGAUAACAAAUACACAAUUCUGUAAUAUGGUGGGAAGUAGUAAUGGUGUCGACCAAGAACAUUUUUCAAAUGUGGUAAAAGGUGAAAAGAUUAUUCCAGUAUUUGACGAGCCACCAAACCCAACCAACGUUGAAGAGAGUUUAAAGAGAAUUAAAGAAAAUGAUGCUCGUCUUAUUGAAGUUAAUUUGAAUAAUAUAAAGAAUAUCCCAAUUCCAACCCUAAAAGAUUUUGCAAAGGCUUUGGAAACCAACACACAUGUGAAAUAUUUCAGUCUUGUGGCCACCCGGAGCAAUGAUCCCAUUGCUGUUGCUUUUGCAGAUAUGCUGAAAGUGAACAAAACUUUGAAGAGCUUAAAUAUGGAGUCCAACUUUAUUACAGGAGCUGGGAUUCUAGCACUGAUUGAUGCUUUAAGGGAUAACGAAACCCUGGCAGAGCUCAAGAUUGACAAUCAGAGGCAGCAGUUGGGGACAGCUGUGGAAUUGGAAAUGGCUAAAAUGCUUGAGGAAAAUACAAAUAUCCUUAAAUUUGGAUAUCAGUUUACACAGCAGGGACCCCGAACCAGGGCAGCUGAUGCUAUAACAAAAAACAAUGACUUAGUGCGCAAGAGACGAGUUGAAGGAGACCACCAGUAAAUCUGCCAAGUUCAAACUUUGGAAGACUUCAGAAGACUGCUAGGGGCUCAUGUUGGUGAAUCAGAUGUAAAAUUUUCCUGGGUAGAAGGGAAAAGACUGGAAAUUUUUCUUUUUUUUUUUUUUUUUAACUA